AUGGAAGAUCAACAGCAGAAUCCCUUUUUCAUUCAUCAUUCCGAUCAUCCCGCUCUUGUUUUUGUUUCGCAUCUGUUGACGGAAGAGAACUAUCCGUCAUGGCGUCGUGCAAUGAUCAUUGCUAUUCGUGCAAAGAACAAGAUUGGUUUCGUUGAUGGCUCGAUUCAGCAACCUCUUGGCGGUGAUCCUCAAUUCCAACUCUUGCAACGUAACGACAAUGUCGUUGCUUCGUGGCUUUUGAACUCAGUAUCAAAAGAUCUCACCGCCAGCGUUAUCUACGCCUCCACUGCGGCGGCAAUUUGGAAUGAUCUCCAAGAACGAUUUUUGCAGAACAACGGUCCUCGUUUGUUUCAAUUACGCAAAGAUUUCAUCACGUGUACUCAAGGUAAUCUCUCAGUUGGUGCUUACUACUCCAAGAUCAAAGGACUUUGGGAGGAACUCGCUGAAUUUCGCCCUAUUCACCAAUGUGUUUGUGGUGGUGUAAAUCCUCUGAUUGAACACAUUGACCGUGAGUACGUUCUCACAUUCUUACUUGGAUUGAAUGAAAGCUUCAAUCUGAUUCGAAGUCAAAUUCUUCUAAUGGAUCCCUUCCCAUCGGUUAGUCGAGUUUUCUCUUUGGUAAUUCAAGAAGAAAAACAACGUGUUGUCAAUGCUAUUACCAGUGAAAACAAUGAAAACCUUGCUUAUGCGGUUACUGAUUCUAAUGGUGCGAAGAUUAAAGCUGGUACGAAGGAUCGUCCCUUAUGUUCACAAUGUGGUGUUCUUGGUCACAUCAAGGACAAAUGCUUCAAACUUCAUGGCUAUCCACCUGGAUUCAAAAAGGGAAAAGGUUCAAACUCUUCACAACCUAAUGCAAAUGCUGUUCACACGGACAUCAGGGAGGAAGACACACCCUUGAAGACAAAGCAGUAUCAGUAA